AUGUCUCUCCUGUUGAUAUCCAACCGGUUGCCUAUCACCGUCAAGCGAAGCAAUGAUGGUACCUACGACUUCAGCAUGUCUUCCGGCGGUCUGGUCACCGGUCUUUCGGGACUGGCGAAGACGACAACGUUCCAUUGGUUCGGAUGGGUUGGACGGGAGAUUCCUGAUGAUGAGAAGGAGCUUGUGGCGAAUAAAUUGAACGAUGAGUAUAACGCUGUGCCAGUCUAUUUGUCGGAUGAUUUGGCGGAUAAGCAUUAUAACGGUUUCUCGAACUCGAUAUUAUGGCCUCUCUUCCACUACCACCCUGGUGAAAUCUCCUUCGACGAACCCGCCUGGAUCGCCUACCGCGACGCCAACCGUCUAUUCGCCAAAGCCGUCGCUGCCGUCGUCAAAGAAGGCGAUCUGAUCUGGGUCCACGACUACCAUCUCAUGCUCCUCCCCGCCAUGCUCCGCGAAGAAAUCGGUGAUAAAAUCAAGAAUGUCAAGAUCGGAUUUUUCUUACAUACUCCGUUCCCCAGCAGUGAGAUUUACAGGAUAUUGCCAGUCAGGAAUGAUAUACUUUUGGGAGUGUUGCAUUGUGAUCUUAUCGGGUUUCAUACUUAUGAUUACGCUCGGCAUUUCUUGAGUAGUUGCUCGAGGAUAUUAGGUCUGAAUACGACCCCCAACGGUGUUGAGUUCCAGGGCAAGAUGGUAUCCGUCGGAGCUUUCCCUAUUGGUAUCGACCCUGACAAGUUCUCGGAGGCCUUGACACAACCGAAGGUCAUGAACCGAAUUGAGACCCUAGAGAAGAAGUUCGAGGGUGUCAAGUUGAUCGUUGGUGUCGAUCGGUUGGAUUAUAUCAAGGGAGUGCCGCAGAAGCUGCAUGCACUUGAGGUGUUCUUGACGGAGCAUCCAGAGUGGAUUGGAAAGGUUGUGCUUGUGCAAGUUGCCGUUCCGAGCAGACAAGAUGUUGAGGAGUAUCAAAAUCUGCGUGCUGUGGUGAACGAACUUGUUGGUAGGAUAAAUGGUAAAUUCGGAACAAUUGAAUUCAUGCCUAUCCACUUCAUGCACAAAUCCGUCUCCUUCGACGAACUAGUCGCCCUCUACGCUGUCUCAGAUGUCUGCCUCGUCUCCUCCACCCGUGAUGGAAUGAACCUCGUCUCAUACGAAUACAUUGCCUCCCAACAAAAACGUCACGGUGUCAUGAUCCUCUCCGAGUUUACAGGAGCAGCGCAAAGUUUGAACGGCAGUAUUAUUGUCAACCCAUGGAAUACGGAUGAAUUGGCAACAGCUAUCUAUGAUGCUAUCACCAUGCCUGAUGAUCUGAGAGAAGCGAAUCAUCAGAAGCUUUAUGGAUAUGUGACGAAGUAUACUAGUGCAUUUUGGGGCACGAGUUUUGUGAAUGAAUUGACGAGGAUCGCGGAUGCUAGUAGUGGGUCUGAAGGGGAGAAGACUGGUGCUGCUGGUAAUGCGACAGAGGAAGGACAGAAGGAGGAGGUUGCUGCAUAG